AUGUAUUGUAUUUCAUUAAUUUCGAUUUCAAUCCCUCAUUUGGUUACAAAUUUAGGUUCAUAUUGUUUUGGACAUUGUACAAAUUUAACAAUUAUUUCAUUACCAGAUAAGAUCAACUAUAUUGGAGAUUACUGUUUCAGUUUUUGCACGAGUCUCAAUGAAAUUGAUUGUCAUUCAUGUCAAUAUUUUGGUUCAAGUUGUUUUCGAGAUUGCAUGAACUUAAGAAAGUUUUCACUUAAAAAUGAAUCAUUUACAAUAAGUUCAUUUAUGUUUAUGAAUGAUAUCAAUCUUGCAUAUUUUGAUGGAGUAAGAAUUGUUUCCAUUGAAGAAUAUGGAUUUUCACAUUGUAAUUCUAUAACAAAUGAAAUCAUUAAGAAUGUUACUAGAUUAGGCUCCAAUAGUUUAGAAUGUUGUCAUGAUAUUACAACAAUUCCAAAGAAAAUGAUAUCCAUAGGAGAUUUCGCAUUUUGUAAUUGUAAACUUUCAAAGACAAUUUAUAUUCUGUUGACAGUUGAAUCAAUAGGUAGAUUUGCAUUUAGAUCUACAUCAAUUGAAAUUGUUCAUUACUGUGGAUCAACAGAUUUCUCAAAUAUUCAAUCAAUAUUUGAAUCAGAUCCAAUUAAAGUUUAUGUUACUAAUAAAUAUCAAUUUGAUACAUUCUGUGGUUUCAAAGUUAUUCGAAAACAGUCAUGUAACUUUGCCAUCCUCACAGAAGACUAUAACCCUAUUCAAUUUGCAGUUGGAAGUCAAACACGACUUAUUCGACGAUCCAACUUAUAA